AUGGGUCUUUCAGGGGAGGAUGAAGAGAAUAUCUUACAGCGUUUCGAGGAGAUAUGCCUCGACUUGAACAUGGAUGCCACGACUAAAGAAGAGGCAUGGCAAAACUACCAAAAAAUUCAGACCAAUUUCACUCUAGAGGGUGACCAGAUGCACUGGCUGGCAUGUGCACUGUAUGAAGCCUGCCGCCGUACAUCUGUUCCAACAGUUGGUCGUGGGACUGUGGAAGGGAACUGUGUCUCACUGACCAGGUUACUCAGAUCAUCCAAGUUCAGGUCUGUCCACAGCCUCAUCCAGUUCUUCAACAAGAUGCGCAAGUGGUCUGACAUGGCCAGUCUGCCCAAAAGUUUCCGCGACAAAAUUGACAAACUGGAGCGCAACUUUGCUGUUUCCACGGUGAUCUUCAAGAAGUUUGAGCCCAUCUUCCUGGACAUAUUUGUCAAUCCUGCCCAGGAAGUGCCUCGACAACAGAGGAGUAGAAAACAGAGACGACAUCCAUGCACAUCCAAUGAAGUCUUCAGCUUUGCCUGGACCAUGUUUGUACAAGUGAAAGGUAAUUUCCCAGCCAUCAGUGACGACCUGGUCAACUCCUACCACUUGCUGCUAUGUUGUAUAGACUGGAUCUAUUCUAAUGCUCUCCUUAGUGCUAGGAAAGAUCUGCUCAACUGUGAUUUUGAAGGUUUGCCAGACGACAUACAGAACGUCAACUGGAAGCCAGGGACUGAGGUGCCUUGUGUCAUCCAACUGCUGUGUGAGAAGCAUGAUGGGCUGGUGGUGGAGGCCAAGACCAUCAAGGAGCAUUGGUGGAAGCCUCACAUCAAGAGACUCUUUGAGAAGAAGGUUCUGCACGGCAAGGCCACCAAUUUGUCCGGAGUGCUAGACCUAAGCAGCUUUGAGGAAAAUGUAAAAACGGUGAACAGUUUGUAUGAAGAGUAUGUGCUCAGCGUGGGAGAUUUUGAUGAAAGAAUUUUCCUCGGUGAUGAUGCCAAUGAAGAGAUUGGAACCCCAGGCAGUCAGAACACCACCUCAGAUCUAGCAGCACAAAUGCAGAACAAACAUUCACUGAGACAACACUUCGAUGAAACAAAAUCCCUGACACCAUCCACACCAUUAACUGGCAGAAGGUACUUGAGGGAGAAAGACCCCAGUGUGACACCAGUCUCCACCGCCACACAGAGUGUGUCCCGCCUGCAGACCUUGCUGUCUGGCUCCAAAACCACUCCUUCAGAGGCUCUGUUGGAGAUCUUCAAAACCUGCAGCACCAACCCACUGGCUGAGAUUGUCCAGAGAGUCAAGGAGAUGGGUGAGACCUUCUGUAAACAUUAUGCAAAAUCAUCAGAGGGCCACCCAGGCAGUAGGGCCGACUUUGCCCGCAAGCGCCUCCAGCUGGCAGAGAGCUUGUACUACAAGUCCCUGGAGGCAAUUGUCCAGGGGGAGAGGAAGAGGUUGACUGCAGGUGACACCAAGGAUAUCAACUUGUUGGGUCUCCUGGAGCAUGAGUUCUUCCAUCGGUCACUGUUUGCCUGCUGCCUGGAGAUUGUCAUUUACUCAUAUAAUUCCCAGAGUAUCAGUAUUUUCCAGUCUGUACCCAUCAGAUUUGGAACAAUAAUCAACCACAUUCUGGAAAGUUAUGCAUGGAAAGGCAACUCGCCACUGUGGGAUGCCCUCAAGGAGAGUUCUGUGCCUACUUGUGAAGAGGUGUUACCGUCAAAUCAAAUAGAACUCAGCAAACAAAAUGCAGCACCGGUGGCUAAACAUCCUCGACUGCGUUCUCUGGUCGGUGACAUCAGAUCCGUGAUACAGAAAG